UCAGCUCUAACUUUAUAAUCAGGUAGUUUAUUGAAAUUGCAGGGAUAUCACACACAACCUUGACACAACUCAACAGCACAGAGCCUCUAAAAGAAGAGACCAUAGGAUGCAAAAAUACAUGCACUGAAAUGUACAAGAUGUCAGGACUGCACUCAGCAGACCUGUGAGAACUGUUCUUCAGAAUGGAGGAAGAAACACAUGAAACCUCAUUUGGGCCUAAAGAAAAGAUGAGUUUAAGAUCAUCCACGAAUGGGAUCCACCGCUAUAGCUCCAUAGCCAGCGAGUCGGAAGAGAACCAACCUCUCAUCACUAAUAUAAACAACACGAUGCCCUCUCGCCGGAGAUCUUACGUCGCCGUGGCUGUGCUGUGCUACGUCAACCUGCUGAACUACAUGGAUCGCUACACGAUCGCAGGAGUUCUGUCUAGCCUCCAGAAAUACUUUGGCAUCAGUGACAGCACAUCUGGACUACUACAGACAGUUUUUAUCUGCAGCUUCAUGCUGCUGGCUCCAGUCUUCGGUUACCUUGGAGACCGUUAUAACAGGAAGCUGAUCAUGGUGGGUGGGAUGAUCAUAUGGAUUGUCACAACACUGGGCAGCUCUUUCAUCACGGCAGAGUACUUCUGGGUGCUGGUCCUCAUGCGAGCUUUGGUUGGCACUGGAGAGGCCAGUUACUGCACCAUAGCUCCGACUAUUAUUGGAGACCUGUUCACAGGCUCCCAAAGAACCAUCAUGAUCUCCUUCUUCUAUAUCUUCAUCCCUGUUGGAAGUGGUCUUGGGUACAUUCUGGGAGCCACGAUUGCUACUGCUACAGGAGACUGGCGUUGGGCCCUGAGGCUGAACCCAAUUCUAGGGGUACCGGGGGUGAUCCUUCUCAUGUUCCUGACCCCCAACCCUCCACGAGGAGCCUCCGAAACCCAUGGAGAAGCAUGCAUAGAGCGCACGUCUUACCUAGAGGACAUCAAGUAUCUAUUCAGGAACCGGAGCUUUGUGUGGUCCACUCUAGGGGUGACUGCCAUGGCUUUCGUCACGGGUGCUUUGGCUUUCUGGACGCCCACCUUUAUGUCUCGUGCUCGAGUCAUCCAGGGCAUCACUCCUGCAUGCGCUAAAGAACCAUGUGACCCGUCAGACAGUUUCGUCUUCGGGGCAAUCACGGUGGUGACGGGUAUUGUGGGUGUUUUCGUCGGCUCCUUAAUAUCUAAGAAGCUGAAAGACAGAGUGGCCAAUGCUGACCCACUCAUCUGCGCCGUGGGAAUGCUCAGUUCUUCUCCCUGCUUGUUCAUUGCCAUGGUCCUAGCAUCCAUCAGCAUUCCUGCCACAUAUACUUUUAUUGGUAUUGGAGAAAUCCUACUUUCUCUGAACUGGGCCAUUCUAGCUGACAUCCUACUUUAUGUCGUUAUACCAACCCGAAGAGCCACAGCUGAGGCUUUACAGAUUUUAACAUGUCACCUACUUGGCGAUGCAGGAAGCCCAUACCUCAUUGGCAAAAUCUCAGAUGUUCUAAGUACGCUUAGACCGGACUCUCUCGACUGGAGCUUCCGCAGUCUGGAGUACAGCAUCAUGUUCUGCCCUUUCAUCGGUGUUCUUGGAGGCCUUUUCUUCCUCCUGACUGCCCUCUAUAUCAAAGAGGACAGGAAAGCUGCUGAGAUGCUGACGAAAGGAGAAACUCCAGACCUAUCUGAAACCAUCGCAGAGUCAACCUGAUGUAGGAGCGGACACUCAAUUGCACAUUGAUACUCCUGGAGAAAAAUCUGAACCACUGGAGUUCAUAGGCACUGCUCUGUAAAUAUUGCACAGUUAUUUCCUUUUUUACAUAUUUUAAUAACACUUUUAUUAUUGUCUUUUUUAAUGCACAGCUGUGCAGUUACGUACAGUUAUGUUAAAUGGUACUUUCUAUGUCUAUGGGUACGUCUAUGGGUAUACUGUAGGAGUAUCUUUAAUCCCACAAGCUGUUACAACUAACAGGGUUCUCAGACUUUAUUUUAUUAUCCACUUUACUUUAUACUGAAUUAAGGAUAAACAUUUUAUUAAAUAUUUUAAAUAACACUUCUGUGACUGUCCUGUGCUCUGUAAUUAACACCUACAUUUUUAAAACUCAAAAAUUAUUAACCAGGUAUGGAACUUAGAUAGAAAAUGCAACCUUGUGCACUUCAAUAUUGUGUCAUUAGUGUCCUAGCUGUUAGCUCUGCUCCAUAUCAUUUCUGAGACACAGGCUUAUUUGUGGUAUAGUGUUGCAGCAGGUUUCAAUGUUGCCUUACAGCUCCAGGGUCUCUGGUUUGAUCCUGAGUUCAGGUUACUGUCUAUAUAGUGUUUUGCAUGUACAUCCUGUGUCUGCGUGGGUUUCCUCCAACCUCCCAAAAACAUGACAGGAGGUGGAUUGGCUGCAUUAAAUUGCACCCAAGUGUGAAUAUAUGUGUAUGGUAUCCUGCAAUGGAGUGGUGUCACAUCCAUCUAGGGUGCAUUCCUGGGAUGGGCUUCAGAUCCACCGUGACCCUGAUCAGGAAAAUGUGCUUUAUGAAGAUGAAUGAAUGAACUCUGGUCGGGUGAAUUAUGGCGACGUGUUGCCUGAGAGGAAUUCACGCACAAACACACUUAUGCAAAAGAAGGCGCCUGAGAAGGCAGAUGUCUUUAUGCUUCCUUCCAGGUUGCACUGCCUUUAGGGGAACUUUCCAAUACAUUUUCUCCUCCCUCCUUCCAAGUACAAUGCAGUGUCCUUGGCUUUUACUUGUACACAGAGAGCUCAACAACUGAGUCAGAUUCAUUAUAGCAACACUUUCUUGGCCGAAACCUGAUUCCUGUGUGCCGAGUAUCACACUAUAAUACGUAUCAUGCAUCUGAUGAUCAGCACUCCCCUGCACACAGACUGAAAAAUGAAUCUGCAAGCUUUAAACAAACACGCAAACAAACAAAUUUCCAUUUUUAUCACUUUACCACUAAAUUCCUCGAAUUACAUUUGUUGAAUGGGAAAAUCUCUGCAAUGGCAAAAUUGCACCACUAGAUGACAGCUCAAUGUCACUUUAAGGGCGGCAGCAAACUGAACACAGACAUUUGGACUGUACAAAGCCUGAAGUUGACACUUCAUUCAGUCAUUCAGAAUUAACAAAGAAAAUGUUGGAAUAUUCUUAUUUUAAAACAAUGUACAUGCUGAUGUAUUUCACGCAUUUCAUUUAUGUCUUAAUGGCUUUUUAACGUUCCUCUGUCGGAGGUCUGGACAAUCCAGCUCAUUAACUUACCGGAUAAAGUCAAUUAAAAAUCUGUUCUCAGGUUAGUGAUAAGACUUUGCGCAUUAUGCAGUUACCUGAAAUGAUAGUACUGAGUAGGAAAAAUGGCAGUGUAUUGAAUCAAAAAUGAGGUUGUGAAGUAUAAGGGAGGGAUUCUCAAAUGUUUUUGUAGCCCUUUAACUGUAAAAUAAAUUCCACUGCCUCAGUACAGAUUUAUUUCAUGAAUAUUAUUUAAAAUGUGUAAAACAAAAUGAUAUUCUGAAUAUUUAUUAGAGACGUAGAGCUUUCUAUUCCUGAACUUUACAGUGACAGAACACAGGUCCAAGUCAACCUAAUUUAUCAGGCUGCUUGGCUUUGCAUCAUUCAGGUUUGGAUUAACCCUUGUGUUUUAGUUGCUGUUAUAUUUGUACUGUUCAUGGUCAUAUUGACUUUAUGCAACUGAGACAAAUAAUAAUAUUUAAAAUGGCUAACCUUGAAUACAUCUAUGGGGAACAUCUUUUGGGGAACAGUAAAUACACACAAAACCAGUUUUCAUGCCUGGGGACGCUCCUCCCAGCAGAUAUAGUAGAUGUGAAUACGUCAUAGAGGUAAUGUGACACAGAGUAAAUUCACCUAUUUGUUUUAUUUUUGUAAAAAGCAGUUGGUGUCAAUUGAUAUUUCACCACUUCUUUGGUCAAAAUGGCCUAAAAAUAUCAAAGGGGUACAGCAGGUGCACCAAAAGUAAUUUUUUUUUUGCUCAAUUGAGAAAAUGAGCCAAGGAAAUAAAGUUUCACACUGAAAAAAAAGUAGUAUGGUUCCACUAAGUAGAAAUUUUAAAUGGUUCAUUCUGACCCAAACAAAGCAUAAGAGUUAAAUCCAUUCAAUUCAUAUGACCAAUCAAAAGAUAACUCAACAAUUUGAUAAUAAUGUGUUGUGAUUUCCUUCAAUUUAGUUUAUUCAACUAAAUAAUUCUUUAAAAAUCUCAGACUCUUUGAGAACCACUGAUAUAAGGAGCCUCUUGCAUAAGGUUAAUUUCAGCCUGUGUGAGUUCUUAUGCAUCUGCAGUCAAUUUCUUCUCAAAAUGUCAUUCUUUGAAAUGGAACUGACCUAGUAACCUGGCUUUUUAUAAUUUAUAAUUUCUUUUGUUGUAGAAACCCUAUGGAUAUGAAUGUGUGUUUGUCUGUAUCCUGGAACCAGUGGUACCCCUGCACCCAAAUCUGUACCCUUUAGAUAGAAAGAUCCGAUGUAGUACUCAAUGCAAUCUGUUAGUCACCAAACCCAGCCUGGAGCUAGCUCUCCUCCCAAAAUGCAUCUAACUGACAGCUUUUCAGGGUCAGCUUGUCAUCACAUGCAACACAACACCUAAAGCUAUCUCUACAGAGGACUGAAAAGUCAUUACUAAGGUUUAGGAUUAACUCUCAGGCCUAACCCGUAUCAAGUGAGACAUGUAGCAUUGUUUUUGACUUAGUCCGGAAACACAUUCCUUCGCUGUUUUGUUCGCCUGAAUAACAUUGUAUGUUUUCUUCUUUAUGUAACCCAUCAGUCCAUUGUUCUAGUCUUUAAAACAUGGCAUUCACACUUGAGAUUGACAAAAGGUCAAGGUCACCCACCCAAAGUCACUCGUUUGUUUGUGUACGCACUUCCACCUCUCCUCUCCAUCUCCAUCAUUUCUUCUCCUGCACUGUUAUUCUGACAACAUGCCCAGAAUGUUCUCACCCAAGCACCAUGAGCAUCUAUGAGUAAGGGGAUAACUAUGUGCCAUUGCCUGCAAACACACUCAUGCACACGCAUGUAAAAGAUUCCUGGACGACAUUCCACUCGGCUAAGAAUUUGACCUGUAAUCAGGACACAAUGGGCAUUGUGCGCCUCUGCGCUGUCUGAGGACUUUAUCUGCACGAUUAUGCGUUUCCCUCCUGGACCGGGCAGGAAGCUGUCACAAUGGCUAAUAAAUUCAGAGCGCCGAUCAAUGAAAAGAGCGUGCAGAGCCAAGGGAGGGAAGAGAGGACAUGGUGAAUGUUUACAUAGGAAUAGUGUGCAUUCCACGUUGAUGCACAAGCACACACACGUAAGCAUGCACUCAGGAGAACAUAUGCAACUACAUGCCCAAAAAUAUGCUCAUACACCCAUAUGCUUUAAAUAUAAAGUAUAUGCCUUUCCUAUACUUCAUCUACAAAGAAUGACUCAUUCUAUAGGUGUGUAUUUGUAUAUUUUCUGUUGUGCAUGUUCAUAUAUGCUGUGCUGUCACUCUAAUUUAAUUAAUUGUUAUGAUGUGCUUGAUGGCUUCCUGUGAUAUUUUGCACUCCCUGUGAAUAAUUUGCACUUAAUGUUUUUCUGUACGUAAGGAAUAAAAAUGAUCAGGCAUGCUGUUACAGGAAAAUAGUCAACAACUGGAUGGUAUGAUGGGGCCUGAAAUGAAGCAGAUGGCCGUUAUCACCCUGAAGAAUGACAAGUUGUACUUUUUAUCCAUUUACAGCUACAUUUAAUGUUGUGAAACAUCCAUGAAACAAGUUAGCGCCCUUUAUCGCCAAUGUUAUUGCAGUUAUAAACGGUCAUUCCCUCAUCAGCCUCUCUUUUCAUUCUCUUUUGUGAAGUUUUAAGACAUAAAAAUGCAGCUGGUCAUGUUACUGAGAAACUUCAAACCCCUCUGUCUUGAAGACUUUAGGUUACAGCUUUACCACUGACUGUUACAAAGCACUGACACUGAAGACUCCUUCCAAAAAUGUUCAAUAGCACAGAAAAUUUCACCAUAUCAACAAUUACACACGAUUUUAAUCUGUCUAUGUCGAGCAUCCAAGUUCUUGUGACUAUAGAAACUACAACAUAUUAUACAACAGUCCACUAAUAUUUCCUAUACACGCACUGGGACGUUUCACUGUGUGUAUCACUCCACUCUUCUGUGUUCACCAAGUAAAAUUCCACUUCCUAGUUUGAAACGUUUACUACAGUAGUGUUAGCGACAUCAUCAGGGGACAUGGCAAAAACUACCUUUCAGAAAUGUUACUUUUGGCUUAAAAUAUGAAAGCUGAAGAUGAAGAUGAACAGGAAGAAAGGACUAGCUAGCCAGCUAGCUGAAGUCCUAUAAAGCGAGUGUGGCAUCUUCAGGAUCUAUUUCCACUAACGGAGCAAAAAUAAACAGAACAUUUGGCUAUAUUGCAUCUGAAAUGUCAUUUACUUGAUAUUAAUUUCUUGUUUAUAGAACUGUCGUGCGAUAUCGCACUCGCAAUUGUGCGGUUAUACCGAAUAUCUGCAUGGCUGUGAUAUUCAGUAUAACCACAUUCUUAUUUGUGUGAUAUUGCUUAAUUAGAAGAAGCACAUUAAUAUAAACCUAUGAUUUGAAUUACAGUGGGUUUACUGCCAGAGAUGCUAGAUUCUGAUUGGUCAACACUUUCUGACCAAUCAGAUUUGAGAGCUGACAGCACAACACUGUGGUAUAACAUUACAUAACAAUAUCACCAAAAGUUUAAAGGUUUAAGGUAGCUUACUUUUUAACCCCUUGAGACCUUGUAUCCAUUAUAACUGCCAUCAUAACACAAGUUCUAUUACAUACAGAAAAAGAAAGCCCACUGCCUGGUUGUUAGAGAUUACUGUGUCUUAGUAUCACGUAGAUAUUUUAUAAAAUAGUAAAAAGGCACGAAUAAGGAUUUUUAGGCAUGAAAUAUACACUUCAACAAUUCUCAUAAACGUUAAUGUCCAUAAACUUAGAAGGCUAACAUUGAUUCAUUUAUUCAUUCAUUCAGCUUCAGUAAGGAACACUGGGCAUGAGGCAGAAAUACACCCUGGAUGGGAUGCCAGUCCCUCACAGGGCACACAUUCACACCUAGAGGCAAUGUAAUGUAGCCAAUCCACCUACAUGCAUGUUUUAGGAGGUAGGUGGAAACCGGAGAACCCCUGAGGAAAGCCAGAUGGACACAGGAGAACAUGUGAAACUCUGCUCAGACAGUAACCCGAGCUCUGGAUGGAACUGGAGUUGUGAGGUGGCAACACUACCCGCUGCACCACCAUGCAACACUAAUCCGCCAGACAAGUUUAUUUUAAGAAACAUUCGAGCACUUUCCCUAACGACAUAAUUGAAUACUUGCUGCAUGUACUGCAUCUGUAGUGUAUAUUGUAUAGUGUUUCCCUCUACUGAGAAAAGACCGGAAACCUGUUUACUCCAAAAUCACUUUAUUCUUGAAUUCUUUCAAGAAAUGGUUAAACUAUACCACCAUAUAACGCAACCUCAAAACUACAACCAAUACACUUUAAUAAUAAAGACCUUGGGGUGUAAAAGACAUGAGAGAAAGUCAUACUCAAAGCUAUUCUUAAAAAGUUUUAUCCAACUUUCCAACAAUACAGUAAAAUUCUGUUUUUUUGGGUUUUUUUUUGCACUUUUUCAAAUGUUUUGUGGUAUCCAUGAGCUAUUAGACAUAUAACCAGAAUUCUUCCCUCUGAAAAACUAGUCCAGCUCUGAAAGAUAAAUCAUACAGAUGUGGAGCUCAAUUUCUAAAUAACUUUGGCUGAAAAUUUGUGAAAACCAUCAUCAAAAAUUUUGUUUAAAUGUUUAGCAACUGUCCUUAGGUUUCCAUUAUAAAGAAGUUGACAUAAAUUCGAUUUUUUUUUUUUUUUAAGUAAAAUUUUUCAGGACAUAUGUUGAAAUUCUUGAAAUUGAAAUUCUUACACUCCACUCCACAUACAACAGAUUAAGUUGAACAACACUGAAGCAUUUCUUUAAGUUAUUUUUUAAAUAAUGUGUUUAGACAGAAGCAUUGCUUUUUAAAGAAUGAUUUCUGUACUUUAGUUUGUUGUAUUUUGAUUUGUUUAUGUACAUUUAAAUAGCUGUAUUAGUUUUAUUUAGGCUUAUUUAGUAUUUCAUGAAUGUUUUUGACUUUUAUGCGUGUUGCAUACCUCUUUUUAUGCCUUUGCUAUGCUUUUUUUUUUAAAACACUUUUUCCAUUCUGAUAUUCUGAUAUACUAUAUUUUGUUGUAUUAGCAUCAUUUCCUUAUGGAAUUGUUUUAUUGUCAAUUUGCAGAGUCCAUUCAUUAAUAAGACACUGGUCUCAGGUCUCAGGUUUCCUUGCUUAAUGAAUAAAAUAAUUCAAAUUAUAAAUCAGAAUCACCUUUACUGCCAAGUACGGUGGGUUUACAUGUACAAGGAAUUUGUCUUGGUGUACUGGUGCUUAAUAAUAACAUUAAAAUACAAGAAAUAAAAAUAAUAUCAAUAAGGUAAACAAAACAAAACAAGACAAAACAAAACACACCAACACACUGAGGCAGCCAUCCGCGGCGCCAUCUUGGUAGAAUAAAUAAAAAUAAAAAUAAAAAUAAAGCCUGUCCCUGUUUGUUCACCUGUAUUUCAUCUGGGAUUACAAUACUUUAUUGUAAUUUUUCCACUAUUAUAGCCCAUAUUUGGCCAAAUGAUGAUCAGACAGGCCUCCAUGAUAGCAUUGUUAUCAGUGUCCUCUCUCUAAGGGAGGAAGGAGACACUC